AUGAAGGUUCUUUGUCUUCACGGUGCCUUUGGCAGCGCUUCUAACUUCAAGGUUCAGCUUGGCAUCUUCACCGAUGCUAUCAAGCAGUCGGACAUUGAGUUCAAAUGGAUCAAUGGCUUCACAAACGCAAUACCGCCGCCUGGCUUUGACGACUAUUUUGGCGCUCCACCUCUGUAUCGAUUCAUAGACGUUGAUGGCAUGAGCGAGCUGGAGCAGAUGGUCGUCAAGAUUAGGGACAUUCCUCAGGGCGAUUCCCCAGAAGAGACGAUGAGGAAGCUGGUUGCCGACAAGGAGCAGUUUACUACCCCAGCUGUAACUAAGGCGUUGAGCCAGCUUCUGCAGCUCCUGGAUGACGAUCCGGAGAUUGAUGCCAUACUUGGUUACUCGGAAGGGGCUACAGCUGCAGCGUCUCUGAUCCUCGAAGAGCAGCGUCUCUUCAAGGAGCAGGGCCGCCCUCGACACAUUAAGUGUGCCAUAUUCUUUGCGGGCUGGCCGCCUGUUCGCAUCGCCGACGGUCGUGUCAAGACGCUGCUCGCAGACGAGCACGACGAGAUGAUUGACAUUCCGACGUGCCAUGUUGUAGGCUGUAACGAUCCGUACAUUGAUGGCGCGGUAGCGCUGUACGACAUGUGUGAUGAAGAUAUGGCAAUUUUGUUCGAUCAUGGGAAAGGACACACGGUGCCGCGGGACGAGACGACGGUGGGGGAGUUGGCAAAGACGAUUGAGAGGACGUUUGAUCAAGCUGCAUUGUUUGUUCACUAG